GCGCUCUUAACUAAUCCUGAGUAAGGUGGCCACUUUGACAGUCUUCUCAUGCUGCCUCUGUCACAUUCUUGGUCAGAAGACACCAUUUCAGCUUUCAGCCAGCAUGAUAGAAACAUACAGCCAACCUUCUCCCAGAUCUGUGGCUACUGGGCUUCCAGCGAGCAUGAAGAUUUUUAUGUAUUUACUUACUGUUUUUCUUAUCACCCAGAUGAUUGGAUCUGUGCUUUUUGCUGUAUAUCUUCAUAGAAGAUUGGAUAAGGUAGAAGAGGAAGUAAACCUUCAUGAAGAUUUUGUCUUCAUAAAAAAGCUAAAGAGAUGCAACAAAGGAGAAGGCUCCUUAUCCUUGCUGAACUGUGAAGAGAUGAAAAGGCAAUUUGAAGAUCUUGUCAAGGAUAUUACGUUAAACAGAGAAGAGAAAAAAGAAAACAGCUUUGAAAUGCAAAGAGGUGAUGAGGAUCCUCAAAUUGCAGCUCAUGUUGUAAGUGAAGCCAGCAGUCAUGCAGCAUCUGUUCUACAGUGGGCCAAGAAAGGAUAUUAUACCAUGAAAAGCAACUUGGUAAUGCUCGAAAAUGGGAAACAGCUGACAGUUAAAAGAGAAGGACUCUACUAUGUGUACACCCAAGUCACCUUCUGCUCUAAUCGGGAACCUUCGAGUCCCCGUCCAUUCAUCGUAAGCCUCUGUCUGAAGCCCAGCAGUGGAUCUGAGAGAAUCUUACUCAAGGCGGCAAAUACCCACAGUUCCUCCAAGCAUUGCGAGCAGCAGUCCGUUCACUUGGGCGGUGUAUUUGAAUUACAAGCAGGUGCUUCUGUGUUUGUCAACGUGACUGAAGCAAGUCAAGUGAUCCACGGAGUUGGCUUCUCAUCUUUUGGCUUACUCAAACUCUGAACAGUGCGCUGUCCUAGGCUGCAGCGGGGUCAAUGCUGACAGUCUCCCUAUACAGCAAAUCAGUUAGGACCUGCCCUGUGUUGAACUGUCUAUUUAUAACCCUAGGACCCUCCUCAUGGAGAACUAUUUAUUAUGUACCCCCAAGGCACAUAGAGCUAGAAUAAGAGAAUUACAGGGCAGGCAAAAUCCUAACAGACCCUGCUCCCUAAGAACUUACAAUCUGAAACAGAAACUCCACUGAUUCAGACAACCAGAGAGCCCUAGGAAAAGACAAAGCCAUAGUGCACAGAUGACAGAGCUCUGAUGAAACAGCAGAUAACUAACCGAGCUCUGUUUUCUUGUUUUAUGGGUGUGUUGUUCAAUGGACAGUGUACUUAACUUACCAAGAAAGAUGCAGAAGGGUAAUUGUGAGCCUUAGCUCACCAUCUGUUAUGGUUGACUUGGGGUCCCUGUGGCCCUAGUAGGCUAAGUUCUAAAGUCUCCCACGGAGAAUUGAGAAACUCUGCCUCCACCUUUCCCCCAAAACCCUAACACUCAGUAUUUCAAUGUCUCUACUCUCUCCCCUCCUCCUCCCUCCCUGCCUCCCACCUCUCUCUCUCUUUCUCUCUCUCUUUCACACACACACACACACACACACACACACACACACACACACACACACACACAUAAAAACACACACACAGAGUCAGGCUGUUGUUGGCUGGUUCUCUUAUUAUCUACCCUGUAUCUGUCUACAGCACUGUCAGGACUAUAUAGACAGCAGCUCCUGGCCUGCCCAUUCCU